ACGACGCCGAAAGAAAGUAUAUUGAAGAGGAAAUCACUGAGAAACAAAAAGUAUUAAAGAUUAAAUUUGAUAAUAUGAUUCAUAAAGAAAUAUUAAAUGAUGCUGUAAAAGGACGAUUAAGGUUAUUAUAUUUAGAAAUUAAAAGACUUUUAGAAAUAUUGGAAAAAAUUGAUCCAUUAUUAGUCAAUCAUUGGCUUCAAUACUUUAUUUGCGAUAGUUUUUAUAUUAUUAGAUUUAGAAUAAUGCAACUUCAACAUUUUAUAUAUAACAAAUUAAUCCCAAACAUAAUUAAACAAAAAUCUAGUUUGGUAUAUGAUAUUCAAAAAGAAGCGGAAAGAAGAUUACGGAAACAGAAGUAG